AUGGCAGAAUCGACCGCAACACCAGCAAGGCGAGUCCUCCCUGCUCGACAACGUGGAGAUUCAGCAGCAAAGCGUCGAGCGAGUUCACCAUUGAGGCCUACAACUCCAGCUAGCAUUACACCCGCGACUCCUCUACACACGGAAACGAAAGCAAAGAAAAGGUCUGAGAAGAAGACCAAGGUUGUACAUGUAGCGACGCCGACUAGGAGUACGUCGACUCCAACAUCGACCGCCGACGAGAUCCUUCCUACUCGACUCACAGCUACACGGCCACUGCCCACUUCGAUCGAAAGACAAAGUCUAGAUGUGCCAGACAAGCAGUACCAGACCAUUGCGGACAGCGCUAUCCUUGCUGCCUCGCUCCAUCGCUCGCGUAUGCAGUGGCUCUGCGAUGGUGUCUUCAAAAAGUACUGGACCAAACCAAUCAGGCGCAAAAAGGCCCCUGUCGAAGAGCCAGUUGGUAACCCUGACGUGAAGUCGAUGCAGAAGCUUGGGAAUGCUACACUCAUUGUCGAACCACACACCUUCGAGGCCACCUUCUAUGUGGUACGAGAAACAUCGAGCUUGGCGCCUCCAGUCUAUAGACCUGCCAACACACCCACGGCAAAAUCAAUUCAAAUUCCUACUGCAUCAGUGACACAGCCCUCUGUACAUGCUCCUGUGGUCAGUAAUCUGCCGAGCGCUCCAAGCAACAAUCCCAAACUAUCGACGCCUGCUCCGAUUGCAGAUCCUUCGCCAGCAUUAGCUUCGAGUCGACCUACAACACCUCCUGGUGGCGCGAAAGCAACAGAUCCUGUGAUACAGAUGCUAGCCAAUCGUGCAGCUACAGACAAUCACCUUAAAGAGCUGAUGAAGGUUGUGGCUCAAUCAAAGGCAAAUCCCGAUCAGUUACGCGAAUUCCAGGCACACAUCGACGAAUUCAACGCAAUUGUCAAGCGCCAACAGGCAGAAAAGCAGCCGUCAGUAAAGUCGUCCCCAUCGACACCGACACCUACGCCAACGCCGACUGCGACUGCGACUGUUGCGGCACAUCCUACAGUUUACCGUCAGUCGCCGCUCAAUCCAACUCAAGCACUUCCACAAUACACCUCGUAUCCUACUCAACCACGACCUGAACCACUUGUCAAACAUAUUGUGAUUGAGCUAAAUUCCGUUCCUGUUGCUGGUCAAUCCGCCAAUCCAGAUCGCUGGCUCUUCCCAGAGUAUGCGGUUCUAGAUACUCAGUAUGGUGGUACCGAGAUGACCUGUUCAUUUUUCGUCGAACGUAAAGGUUCUGAUAUCCUCGCCUCAAUGAAGGACCUCACUACUGAAGAAGCGCAACUCAUGUCAACCAAAUGGAAGCCUGAAACCGAGUAUUACGAGCCAGCCACCAUCGUGGUGCGUGCAUCGAACAGCCGCACUAUAGCUACCAUAGCCAGUGCCGCCAAACCACUACCUGAAGUGCAGAAGUAUAUGCAGGAAGUCAUGGCAAAGAAAGUGAGAGCUCCGCGGGAAUACCUGGUCUAUCGGCUGCCCAGAGAUAAGGUUGAUCUUUCGAUUGAUUUUGUGGAUAGUGCAGUUGAGCUCAGUGCUGAAGAUGAUGAGCUCAAGGAUUAUUACCCUCUCUAG